CACGUGCCCGUGGAUUCUCCAAUUCGAAAUUCCCAAACCUAGUGGGGACCCAAGUGGGCCGGACCGUGGAUUCUCUCUCUCAUCGGACCCGGGGGUAGAGACGUGGCCUCGUCCGUCACCUCCACCCUCGCCGCCGCCGCCGCCCGCCGAAAUGCUGGCCCGGCCGGGGCGGCUCGCCGCCGCUUCCACCCUUCCCAACGAUCCCGCCGCCGCCGCAGCAGCAGCCACGGUCCUCUCCAUACUCCGCGGCGAGGACCCCGCCAGCCUCCCCGCGGCGGGCAUCGACCCGAGCCCCGCCCUGUUCCAGCACCUCCGCCCGUCGCUGCCCACCGUCCCGGACUCCGCGCUCCCGGCGCUAGCCCGCUGGGCCGGCGACGCCACCGCCGUCUCCCUCCUCGCCUCCCGCGGCCUCUUCGCCGCCGCGUGGCGCCUCCUCCUGGCACCUUCCCCCACGCCGCCGCCCCUCGCCGCCUUCGCCCCGCUCGUACGCCGCUACGCCCGCCUCGGCCGCGCCCCCGCGGCGCUCCGCGCCUUCCACUUCCUCCGCCGCCACCCCGACCGCUACGUGGCCAGCGGCGACGCCCCCGCCGCGACCUCCCUGCUGAACAUGGCCGUCGACGCGCUCUGCAAGGAGGGCCACCCGCGCGCGGCCGUGGAGCUCUUCGAGCGGUGGCGCCGCGAGGAGCCAGAUUCGCCGCCCGACGAGCGGGCUUACAACAUCCUUCUCCACGGCUGGAGCCGCGCCGGCCGGCUCGACAAGGUGGGGAAGCUCUGGGCCGAGAUGCGCCUCGCCGGCGUGCGCCCGACGGUGGUCACGUACGGCACUCUUAUCGAGGGGCUCUGCGUGAAGCGCCGGCCAGACCAGGCGAUCACUCUCCUUGACGAGAUGCGGGAAGAAGGAAUCGAGGCGAAUCUGCUCACUUGCAACCCAAUUGUGUAUGCGCUCGCGCAGGCCGCCCGAUUCAAGGACGCCCACAAGGUGCUCGAGAAAUUUCCUCUGUACGGUGUCGCGCCAAACAUUUCCACAUUCAACUCGCUCGUGAUGGGAUAUUGCAAGCAUGGGGACCUGGCCGGGGCUAGCAGUGUGCUCAAGGCGAUGACCGAAAGGGGCAUUUCGCCGACCACCAGGACAUACAAUUAUUUCUUCAUGGCCUUUGCCAGGAACAGCGAUGUUGAGUCAGGGAUGAAUCUUUAUAGCAAGAUGGUGGACAAUGGUUAUUCUCCAGACCAGCUUACUUACAUCCUCUUGAUCAAGACAUUGUCUAGGGCUAACCGGCUUGAAUUAGUGGUACAAAUGAUACAGGAGAUGAGAGCCAAUGGUUUUGAGCCAGAUUUGGCAACAAGCACCAUGCUAAUACAUUUGCUUUGCCGGCGUCAUCAAUAUGAGGAAGCAUGUGCCGAGUUUGAGGAUAUGUUUAAGAGAGGAAUUGUGCCCCAGUACAUUACUUACCAGAAGCUUAUGAGAGAGCUCAAGCGACUUGGAUUGGUUCAUCUGGUCCAUAAGUUGACAGAUUUAAUGCGCUCUGUACCACAUUCUACGAAGUUGCCAGGCAGCUAUAGGGAUAAGGAAGGGGAGGACGCCAUGGAAAAGAGGAAAAUAAUAUUACAGAAAGCUCAGGCUGUUUCAGAUGUUUUGAAGGAGUGUAAAGAUCCAAAGGAGUUGAGCAAGCUCAAAGAAGAAGAAGAAACUGAUGUUGAGGUCGCAAAUAGGUUAGUAACCAACAUUAGAAGGCGUGUGCACGGGGGUGCGUCAAUGAGCUCUGUAUUAGCACCCCUUUCUUGAACAUGGAAUUGCAAAAAGGAACUCAUCAAGAUACGAUUGCAUGUGAGGCAGUUCAGUAAUUGACUGCAUUGUUACCACCACCUAAAUGAUUUUAAUGCACAUGGACAUGGUUAACCUAUCUGUUGUCCUUUGCAACCUUCAAGAUAAAAGAUACUCGAGGUUGUGACAUACUAUGGUGGUCUUGGUUUACUGGAUACUGUCCCACAAAUGAAUCAGCUGGGCGAUGUGUUUCUUCUUGUAGGGAAAACGUGGGAUUCAUCUACCGAUGUGCUCAUCUGCAGAUUUUUUGGAUGGCUAUUACACCUGUGUGUGCCUUAUGCAGCGGUAUACAGGAUUGCUAUUACAAUAAGCAAAAAACGAUGCCCCAUUUGGAAGUCUAACCAGUGAACAUAGAACUGGUACUCUGGUAGGAUAUUAUUCAGCGGCAACCGUUGGGUUUGGCCAUUCCUGCGGCUAUCAUGUACACAAAAAUUUCCAUUAAGAAUUUUCCAUCGCUUUGUUGGUUGAGGUACAGAUUUCUUGCCACACCAUAAAUCUUCCUAAAAGAGGAUUGUACUAUUCUGUUUGGAUACCAAGCAUCAAGUCAUCCCCGAAAAAUAUUUUUCCAUCUACCUUAAUUGCCCAUUACAACGACCUCGUCAGCCGAUUGAUACAGGGAUUUCCUGAUGGCCAAUUGUACAAAAGGAGUUAUACAUAGCGGACAGAUGAUUUCUUUUUUCCUGAAGAUAGCUUUGCUGCAUAUGAUGGGAUCGGUGCAGGUUCCUAAACCCUUUUUUGUGGCUAUGGAAAGCCCUUUGUCUUAGUAAGUGGAAGGUGUUCUUUGCUUAUUUUGGCUGAUGCUUAAGGACAUGUUUAGUAGGGCUUCUGAUUCUAGGAUUCGGUGUUUUUGAUUUUGAUUCUCUAUGUAUCAGAUUCAGGACAUAAUCAGAAUCAGUUUGAUUAGGUGUUUGGCUAGAAACAAUAAUCUUAAUACUAAUAUGAGUUUUCGAGAUAAAUUGUCAAUACUACCCUUGCAUA